GUUUCACACUUAGAAAUUUGGAUGCUAACUAACAUGUUACGAAGGCGUGUUACUAUGAUUUAUAAUAAUUAAGAAGAAAUCAUCACCCCCUCAAUGUUUCAGAACAAAUUCUCCGUUAACUUAUGCUAUUGACAUAAUAACCUAGGUUACUUGUAAAUGAUAUUCUUAAUAGCUACCUCCUAAUCUCAUAUAGUUGAACAUACGUUGAAAAUAACUAGAUGAUACCGAAAUUAGGGAAUAUCCAACGACUACAAAGCGUAAGAUUUACUGUGCAAACGCUCCGUUUACCUGCGCCAACCCGAAGAAAUUGCAAACGACGGGAAAGACGCGACAAGGUUACAACGCAGCAUUCCAACCUUUUUAUAAGGUAUUUCAAAUCCUUCCUUUGUUAACCAGACGAGAAACCGAAUACACAAAUACACAAAUAUAUAAAAACUCAUUGAAGUCGUCACCAUGGGCCAAGGACCGUCAAGUCAAGUUGUCCAACUCGAGACUAGGGUUGAAGAUCCAGUGAACGGAGAACCCCCGCGCGGCCUUGCUCUCAUAGCACACGGCCGACUUGGUGGGACUUUCGAUCAGCCUCCGGUUCGCCUCCUUGCCGAGUAUCUAAGGGACAAAAGAGGGCUCAGAGUUGUCACGUGGAACGCCCGCGGAAUAGGUCGGAGCGAAGGGGGGAAUGAAUGGACUGAUUUUGGAAUCUGGAUAGGAGACGCCGGGAUCAACGACUACCAUCGGAUGCUUCGGGAGUCUAUGGCCCAAUAUGUGAAAGACUUCCCCGACACGAAGGGGGCUCAGUUAUUUCUAUGUGGUUACUCCGCCGGCGCCGUCUUCGCCGGAUGCACUCGUCCCCCGCUGUCAUUCCCCCAGUUCGCCCCUGCUUAUUACAUUCUCAUAUCGUAUCCGAUAGAGAUGAACCCUCUCAUGGCCUUGCACAAAUCGGGCUCCUACUUCCGCUCGGUGGAGGCGCUAGUGCAGGGUCACGGGUGGGAAAAUCUACCCGCCGAGUUCGAGGGCCGCGAACCGGAUGUGUCCGGGGUGUUUACCGUCACAGGCCAGUUCGAGGGCGUCUUUUAUGGCCUGUGGGCGCAUAUUCUAGGGACUAAGAAUGCUCGGCAUGUCUUGAGACAAGUUCUUGUUGACGGAGCCGGACAUGCGUGGGAUGACAAAGCGCCGCGUAUCGUCGAAGAAGUUGACAAGUGGUUGUCUAGUAUAUAAAGGGAAAUUGUGGAGUUGGUGUGCAGCUUUUGGUUUAUGGUUUAUGGUUUACGUGACUUAUUACUGUGGGAAGCUAAAGUGAGUUGGUUGCUUGAUUAAGGGUAUCCCAAGUUAUACGUAACGUGUCUGAAAUAUUUUAAUUCGCACUAAUAAUAUCAUGGAAGACUUGAACGAAUUACAAAUGGUCUGAAUAUGCCCUCAAGGCUUGUGUGACGUAUAUUAAGAUCGUC